AUUCCAGUCGACGUCCUUGGUGCCACAAUUGACGAGAAAAAGAGAGAAAAAUGUGGCGUUGCUGGGGGAAUCCUCGUGUAACCACCCAGGUCGAAUCAGAUGGAAUCCAAUGGGACACGUGGGCUUUGUUAUUGGUCCAAGCGCCCGCGCCACGGAGUUGUCUUGCCCUGGCUGAAAAUCUUUUCCGGGUUUCUCUCCCACACCACACACACUUGCACAUUAGCCUACAUUCUUAAGCUCAUCUAAUCUCAGCCAUCUCAGCCAUUUCAGCCAUCUCGGACCCAUCUCGGCCACAUCGCGCCACGUUCAGCCCCAAUCUCGAUCGAUCUUCCGUCGAUCUCGCAUCAAAUUCCUGCACUUUCUGCAGCAACGAACGGUUCACAAGUGGGUACACAACGUCAUGUCGUCCGCACGCGCUGGCGGACCCCGACCUCGGGGCCCGGAAUCCAGCCUUCGACCAAUCAUAGACCACGUGGACGAGCAAGAUCGCAAGCUCGUCGACUUGGUGGGAGACGCUGCCUGGAGCGCCAUUGCUGGCGCUCCGGAAGAUCAAGUCAAGCGCCAGUGGGGCCACUUCGAGGCAUCCUUCAAGGGAGUCCAUCCCAGUACGCCUCCGGGCUACUGGCUCGCCACCACAUUUGACCUGACCGACCUUGAGGAGCUGGCCGCAUUGCUGUACAGCGACAUGGUUGAAAACCUCAAGGGUGCCUACGAAUCAUGUGCCGAGUCCAUCACCGCGGGUCUCGGACUUCGCAACCUCUGGCCGCUGGCCUUGCUGGCCCCAAACGCAGUCAAGCCGACCAUGCUCAAGGAGCUGGCGGCGAAAUUCCGCCACUUUAAAGGCCCAGAUGGCUACGACGCGGAAGAUGUCAUCUCCCUUCGCAACUUCGCCGACGCCAUCAACACGGUGCGUCGGUCCCGCCAGUCCCAGCCGAGGGGCGAGGGGACGAGGGGCCUCUCCAAGGAUCUCACCAAGUUCAUUCGGCAUGACAUCUUGACGGCGAUGGAUAAUCUCGCCAAGUCUUCUCAGACCGUCACUGCUGCGAACGGGUCGAGCCAGAGUAGUACGCCAGCCGCAUCAUCUAGCCGCGCAUUUCCGACCUACAAGGGAUCAGCCAUCCCCAGCGCUGUCAGGACCAAAUACACCCAGGGUACCCCAUCGCGCCGUUCUUCACGCCUUCCCUUUACCCGAGCCGAACCCCGGGUUGCACACAAGGUUCGGAAAGACGACGAGGAGGAGGAGGAGGAAGAGGAAGAUGAGGAAGACGAAGAGAUGCCAAACAUUUUCCAGCCCACUGACAAAGAUACCGAGGACGACGGUCAUAUGCACAUUGACGAUGAAGAAUCGCUCCCUCUCCGACGAGGAAAUAAGCGAAACGUGAAACGAAAGUUGGACGAGAUGACCGACGACGCUGAGGCUGGGCCGUCGUCGCCCAACACAGUCGGAACCAAAGUCCCCGUGGCCAAUCCAUACGAUGACUUUGAGUCUGAUGAUUCAUUCAAGCCUCUUACCGCCAAGCGCCCCCUUAACAAGCGUCCCAAGUUGACCACCACUUCUUUGGCGACGGUCAAUCCAAAGCGUCAGUAUGACAGUUCUCCCGUGGUGUCGGAGACUGUUGGGAAUAAACCGGACUUGGCGAGGCUUUUAUUCGCCGAGGGAACGCAAUCUGGUGAAGACGCGGCCAAGCCCAAGCCCGGCAUUGGGCCUCUCCAGUCUGACGUCAAGUCGGACGAGUUCAUGGCUGACAUCACCUCGGAUGAGUUCAUGGCUCGGCCAGACUCGCCGGCCCCGCCCCCGGCCUCGCCGAUCAAGGCACCCACCCCCGGCCCCGCGCGAUCGUCUACGCCCGAUGCUGAGGAGACCACGGUUCAGCAUGAUCUGCGAUCGCUCGCGCCAGGCAACUGGGUCAAUGACUCGGCCAUGAUGCACAUAGCCUCGUUGUUCGAGUCCAACAACCUCGCCAUCGUCGACCCCUUGGAGCUAGAACACUUCCGCAACUCGAAACCCCUGACUGAGAAGGUCCGCCACAAGUAUCUCCCCAAGAUGAACCGCAACCUGAUCGCCGUCAUUGUCAACGAAAACCGCUCUCACUGGCGUCUGGUCGUCUACUGCCGAAGCGACGGCUGUCUCGAGCUAGUCGACUCCAUGGGCCCCAUCCCUCCCGUGGAGGAGAAUCUGAACCUCUACAAACACCCGACCGUAGAGCUAGCCGUCGACUUUCUCAGCGCCGUGCUAGGUGAAGAGCUCAACACGACCCUGAGGACCUUCGCCCUGACGCCCCGCCAGACCAACGCCAACGACUGCGGCGUCUUCAUCUUGGAGAGCAUCCGCUGCCUGUCCAUGUUCGGAAACCCAGCCGGGCCUCCGAAGCGCCGCAACCAGGCCGAUCCCGUCCCCGAGACCCCCGACAGCAACGCCCUGCGCGCCGAGAUGGCCGCUCUCUACGCCAGCCGGCGGUUCAAGAUCGUGCCCCGCGGCGUCGCCGGCGUCGCCGGCACCCUCGCCCGCGUCCGCGCCGAGCACGACCUGGCCGUCAAGCACGCCGUCGAGCGCGCCGCCGUGACAUUUGCGGCCGAAGUGGAAGCGGAGGAAGCGCCCGUCCACGACUUCCUACUCGCCCUCAAGGCCGCGCACGUCCGCGCCGCUGUUACCGCGGACCGCCUUGGUCUGGUCCACGUGCAGAUCCGGGGGAUCGCAUGCGAGAUGGCGGCGCGCAAGCAGGAGAUUCGCGUCCUGCGCUGCAAGGCCGUGGAGUUGAAUAGCGUGUACACGGCUCUGCCCGCGUCCAUGUCUACGCCACGUGCCGGUGCAGCCCGCGUCGGCACGCCCCGAUCCGCUGUCGCCAGCGCCGUCGAUGGGGCGCAGAGGGCUGCGGCGUCGGCUGCCAAGGCGGUGAGCGAGGCGCGGCGCAUGUCCGAGUCGGCGGCUGAGGCGCUGGUAGGGGAGAUGAUGAGUUCGGUUGAGGCGCUUGAGGGGUUGAGGAGGAGGUUGGUGCUCUAUGGUUCUGUCGCUGUGUGGUUGACCGCGGUCUUCCACAAGAGGAUGCGGGAGGUCGGACGUCAUCAGAGAAUAGUGAGGGGGAUAGUGUCGCGGGGGAGGUUGAUUUCGGAAAUUCCCAAGCUCAACCUGGGCGACGACAGUGACGGUGACGAGGAGAAUUACACCACCCCUGAGGCGCUGGGGCAGGUCACCGAUCCUGUCGCUGCCCCAGACCAGCAACUUGGCUUGGGUCUGUCCUUCACCGAGAGCCCCGCCCCCAUCUCCAAGGCCGGUGUCCUCGAGGGCUCCCCUGAGGCUGGUGUCUCCCAGAGCUCCACGCUCGAACCCGACGUCUUCUACAAUUCCGUCCCUGCCCUCGAGGCCGAUUUCCCCCAGAGCGCCGCCACCGAGAGCGCCGCGACGACACUUGUCUCAUCUCCGGUCCCAAACGACACGGUCAAGUCCCCAGGACAGGAAAAAGCAACCCCGUCUCCUGCCCCUCAGAACAACUCCACCCCAACCACAGACAAGACCAAGUUUGUCUCGCCCCCCACUCACACCGGUGACAACCAGCUUGAAAAACAAGCCUUAUUGAUCUUAGCCCAACCCUGAACACCCUCUGGCACCAAGACGGCCAUGGUUCUGCCUCUGGGCUACCCCCUCCUAAUGCCAUGAUAACACCUAACUUUUUUCCACCCACAGCAGGCGAGAUCGGUGCAUCUCUCACGGCACCAAUCAGCCGCAUGCGCCACUCGCGGUGUUGGCUUUUCAGCCGACAACGUUUUACUAUUGGGGUGCAUCGGGUUUGGCCGUUGCUUCCGCACCGUCGCAGCAUCCCCACUACCUAACCG